UAUAUAUAGAUGUAUAACUAUAUUAUUGGGUAACCGAUGAGCUAUACAAGUCUUCCGAUGGACUGCUUAAGGAUGGUGUUCAACCUAUUCCCUAGUUGGAAGCGUGCGGCAGAAGUUAAAAAGCUAGGUUACAAGCUUCAUGGCAAUCCUUUCUCCACCAACACAAGGCGUGUUCUCGCUGUUCUUCUUGAGAAAGGACUCUCCUACGAGGCCAUUACCGUCGAUUUGAAAAGCGGUGAACACAAAAAGGAUCAUUUCCUCUCUCUCAAUCCUUUUGGUCAAGUCCCAGUUCUUGAAGAUGGGAACCUUAAGCUCUCUGAGUCUCGCGCCAUCAGUCAAUACAUCGCAUAUGUUCAUAGCUCAAGAGGUACACAGCUUCUGAAUCUUCAAAGCCACGAGACAAUGGCAAUACUAACAAUGUGGAUGGAAAUCGAAGCUCACCAGUUCGAUCCACCCGCGUCGAAACUCACUUGGGAACAAGUCAUUAAGCCUAUCUUCGGUCUAGAGACUGACCACAUGGUCGUCAAAGAAAACGAGGCUUGUCUAGAGAAGGUUCUAGAUGUCUACGAGAAACGACUUGGAGAAUCUAGAUUCUUGGCUUGUAAUACCUUUACUUUGGUUGAUCUUCAUCACUUGCCCAACAUACAAUUCCUUCUGGGAACCCCAACGAACAGAUUGUUCGAAACUCGACCUAAAGUGCGCAAUUGGGUGCAUGAGAUUACGAGUAGAGAGGCUUGGAAAAUGGCUUGUGAUCCAGAAAAGUCUUGGUUUGGUAAUCAGGGGAAAUAAAUGAAAAGCAAACAAAACUUGUGUGAGAAUGUGUGUUGUGUUUGGGUCUUUGUUUAUAAGCUUGUGUCGUUUGUUUGCGUGGUGGUGUCUUUUAAGAUGCUUUGUAUUUGGUUUGUGUGUAUAUCUGAUGCAUAUGAAUAAAUGGAUUUAAAUAA